AUGCGGUCACUGGAAGGACUGAGCGCGUUCGGGAGCCUGGAGGAACUCAUCUUGGACAACAAUCUGCUCGGCGAUGACCUCGUGUUGCCGGGGCUACCCAGGCUCCACACCUUAACCCUCAACAAGAACCAAAUCACUGACUUGGAGUAUCUGCUUGAUCACCUGGCAGAAGUGACACCAGCUCUGGAGUACCUCAGCCUCCUGGGGAAUGUGGCAUGUCCCAAUGAGCUCGUCAGCCUGGAAAAGGAUGAGGAAGACUACAAGAGAUACAGAUGCUUUGUUCUACACAAGCUGCCCAAUUUGAAGUUUCUGGAUGCUCGGAAAGUAACCAAACAAGAACGAGAGGAAGCUUUGGUCAGAGGGGCGUUCAUGAAGGUGGUGAAGCCCAAGGCCUCCAGUGACAGCGUUGUUGUCUCUCCUAAGAGCCGCUACACACCCCUGCCUUCUGCUUCCAGGGAACUCACCAGUCACCGAGGUGUCCUGGGGAAGUGUCGCUAUAUUUACUAUGGGAAAAACUCAGAGGGCAACAGGUUCAUCCGUGAUGACCAGCUCUGA